UAUCUGCAUCAUUAGGUGGUUGCGAUGUAUAUUUAAAAUUGGAAAAUGAUCGUAAUCUCUCGCGAAUGAUUGGCGUAUUUGCAUCUCAUAAAAUUAAUUUCCAAAUCAACUUGAGUUUAGCCUAAGGCUACACGUGUCUUCGCUUGUCAAUCUCCAGAAUCUGCGAUGAUUCCAGCACAGAUAUUCCGCUUGAUUCACACAAACGGCUUCUUAUGGCAGGCAACAAAAAAAUCUCUGUUACAAAAGCUGCGUAAAAAGACUGGUUACACCUUGGAAAAUUGCAAGAAAGCUCUGCAAUUGCAUGAGAAUAAUAUAGAAAAGGCUGAGAAAUGGCUAAAGGAACAGGCGCAACAGUAUGGUUGGACACAGGCAGUCAAACUACAAGGUCGCAAUACCGGUCAAGGUCUUAUUACACUGACCAUCGAUGGACAAUAUGCUGCAUUAGCAGAGAUUAACUGCGAAACUGAUUUUGUGGCACAAAACAAGAAAUUUCACAGUCUUGCAGAGAGAGUAGCCCUCACUGUACUGAAUUUUGCAAAGUCCCAGGAAAUUCAAAAUGAAGUGCAGCGAACUGCCUUACAUGCAGAUAAUCUCAAAGUUUUAUCAGCCGCAGAUGGUAAAAGUCUGGGUGAUCAUUCUGCUUUAAUCAUUGGCGAUGUGGGCGAGAACAUCAAAUUGAGACGCGCUCUGGCCAUUGGUGUGCAAUCGCCAGACGUGACGCUGUUUGGUUGCACGCAUCCAACACCCAUGAAUCCCAUACCUGUUUCUUUUGGCAAGUACGGUGCUCUUAUCGCUGUCAGGAGCAAGAAUAAGGAUGAUAUACUAGGCAUGCAACUCUGUCAGCAUAUCAUUGGUAUGGACCCACAGAAGAUUGGGAAUCCACGAGUGGACGAACCGCACAACAAUGUGGACGAAGAGUCCUGCAUGAUCUAUCAGGAAUUCCUACUUGAUCCUUCUAUCCCUGUACAACAAUUGCUAGCAGAAACGGAAACUGAGAUUAUUGAUUUUGCGCGCUUCGAGGUUGGUGAGAAUCUUGACGAAGAAUCAACAGUAGAGAGCAUUCAGACUUGCGGCUGAAAUCGAUUUCAAUAUCUAUGAAGGAUCAUCAUGCGUUAUUUCAAUUAUAUGUCAUAUUUUCUAUAAUUUUUAUGAUAAUACAUGAUGAUAAUAGCUAUUAUUUUUAUUAUAAAAUUAAAAAAUCGAAAAGAAAGGACUUUAUUUGAAGAGUAAUUUUUGCAUAUAAUUUCGUCAUAGAUAACAAGCGUCUAAUAGAAAAGAAUAGAUCGAAAUAUUAAACCUUAUUACUAUAUGUACAGUGUAUCGUGUAUAA